AUGUUGAUGCACUCCCAAGGAGCAUUCUUAUUCUUGUUCUCUAUCAUAUGUUACUUGUUCCGAUUGUACUUGAUAGUCGAUCAUACUCACUUCCUUAGGACACCUUAUCUCUUUCCUAUCAUCUGUGUUGUCAUAGAAUUUUUUUUCUCUUUGGUAACAUCAGUAGCAUUCCACAUUGGAUAUAGCGAGUUUGAGCCGAAUAGUCUUCCAUUCAACCUUUCACACGAGCAAUUGGAUUACAUGUCAAUGAGGACAGUUGUAUCUUAUAGAAUGAAGACUAUCAAAGAAAUAGUCUUUCCGGUAUAUUCGGCUUUGUUGCUUCUGCUAGCUGGAGUAUUGAUUGUAUUAACUGCAUUUGAGAUCCGUUCUUGUAUUCUCCUUCACUUAUCUGAUAGCUUACUUGUCACCUUCAAACAAGGAGUCAUCCUAUUACAAGGCCCUCGUCCACUCUCAAGCAAUCUCAUUAUUCUUCUUCUGUUUCACAUGGAGCUUCAUGCUGAACUGGUGGCUAUUUGUGUCUAUUUAUUCCGGUUAUACCUCUUAGUCGAUCAUACUCAUCUCCUCCGUAUGCCUAAUGUUUUUCCCGCUGUAUCCAUUGUGAUUGUGAUUUUGAAUGUGAUGGUAUCAACUAUCUUAUUCGUUAUCGGCUAUUCCGAAUUCGACCCGAAAACCCUAUCAUUGAAUUUGACUUGGGAACAACUGGAUUAUUUGUACUCGAAGACGGUCGUUAGCUACAGAAUACGAAGCUUCCAAGAAGCAGUCUAUCCCAUAUACCUCGGAGCUGACAUAAUUAUCUCUGCAUUGAUCAGUGUUCUUAUUAUUUAUAAUACUGUUCAUCAUAUCAAGAAGAAACAAAGUUUGAUGUCGGCCGGAGCCACCAAACACCAUCUGAGAGUGUUGAGGAUUCUGACUAUCCAGACUCUUUCUAUGCUGGGUAUUUCAUGUGUUGCUCCUUUCGCAGUUGGGUUAACAUUGUUGAUUGAUGUUCAUUCAUACAUUGUCACUUUUAGCCUUAUUGUCCUAGGAUUCAACUCUGUCGUCAAUUCACUUCUAACUCUUUUCUUCAACCCAGUUCUUAAGCGAACUAUUCUUACAUUUCCGAAAUCUAAAUCCACGGCAUUGCGCAGUUCUGUUUUCCUCGUGGAGUCUGUUUACAAAUAA